AUGCAAUACAACAGAAGUUUGACGCUCAAUUCGCAGAGCGAUGAGAUUACACAGCGCUCCAGCAUAAACACAUCGCACUCGAUUCAUCACCCGUAUGCUUCGCCGGGUCCGGCGAGCGAACACAUGCCAGGCGAAGAAGAGAUGGGUCCGCAUGCAGAUCGUCUUGUUCAAAGGAUGAUGAGCGAGGUUCUCAGCGGAACGGAUGGAACGGAAUUGCCUGACUGUCUCGCAGGGAGGUCAUCGCAAGAUGAAUCACAAAGUCUGAGCCCCGUGGCGCCCAGUUUUGCUCCCGCAACGGUUUCAACCUACCGAUCGUCGAAAUUGAGCGCUGAUGAUGUGCACCAGUGCUCAAGGACAGGCAGCCGCCUCCUUGACGGCAAGUGUAGAUCAAACGAUGAAUCGAGAGGGUCUGCUUCCCGAGAGCCAUUUGAUGCAUUCCACGACUGUCCGGACCUUCAAUCCAGAUCGCCCAAAAUCGCAUACGUCCCUGCCCCCAGAGUUGAAGCAUACUCUGUCGUUGGUCUUAGCGAGAGGAGACCCUCGAUCGUCGCCGUUGCCGGCCAUGGGCAAGGCUAUCGAACAUCUAGGCUGGUUAUACUCCAGAUGGCAUCUCCAUUAUCAGAAAGCGCUAAAGAUAGAAGGAAUGAUUACAGCCUCGAAGCAGACAAUUUUCGACGUCAUUUUCCAAGAGCUUUCCAGUCGAUUGCGGUUAUAUAA